UGAUAGUUAUUAGUAUUUCCCUGGAUUUGCUUAUUCUUUUAGCUAAUCUUUCAAUUCCCGAGACCUAAACACUUCAACUUGUUCUAGAUAGAGCGCGUGACUGAAUGUUGCAUUUUCCAACUCUGGAACAGAAUAUGUCGUUUCAAUUUGGCUUGCUAGCUUUCUUUUCAUCAAGCAAACAUUUUUCGUUAAAAUGAUUUCCGCUAUUUACAUCAAAAAAUACUUUCUAUGUGUGCAAGAAUAUACAUUGUCGAAAUCAGCAAGAAGCUAAACAUUUCUUUUGAUUUUACGGCCAAAACUUAGUGUUUACUGUCGGCCGGUGGCAAAAUGUUGAUUAUCGUGUUUGAGAUUUUUCUCCGCCUACGUUCUCUUUACGUUCCAAUCGCUUUUAAACCCCUCUUAAGUGCUACGAUUUUCCAAAGAAGUGCAAAUCUUCAAGUUUUAAAGAAGUUCUUUUGGACGCUGCAAAUCCGUGCAAAAUCACCAAUUUUCAAGCAUUUUUGUUAUUGAAUUAAAAUCUGAUUCGCGCGUUCAAUAAAAUGUUCGAAGCGUCAUAUCUAAAUUGAAUUCCAGCAUAGUUUACCCGGCGUGCUUUCAAAGUUAAUUAAACAGAGGAAACCUGAAUUAGUUGUAUUUCGGAGUCUUUAAAUUCGAAUUCAAGCAGACGGGAUGUGUAUCGGAAGCUCAGAUGUUUGGAGUUUCUUAACAAGCUUUAUGUUGUGUCAUGGUAAUUUCUAAAGACUAGUUCUGCCCCAUCUAGAAUACAACGCUGGCGUAAUGUGCAGUUAUUGGGUGGCUCAGAAGAAAACCCCAUUUAGUCGGCUGAAUAGGGAACCUGCUCUCUGGUUAAAAAUGGACCUUUUAAAACAAUUGCGCAACCUUAAGAGGUUUUUUUUUUCUUUUGCUGACACGGCCACACCUAAUAAAUUAUUGCCCUGUUUUCUGACUGGAUGAUUUUCAGUAUAUUUGCUUGUUAGGCAUCUGUUUCAAAUUUUACAUUUCUGAAUUAAAUGCAAGGGGAAUUGUAAAUCCCUGAAAAGCUAAUCAGUAUUAGAUUCGUAUCCUUGGCAGAAAGUUGAGUGAACCCUUUUGAAAAACACCCGGGGUGCGAAUCUUUGCUAAGACUCUUCAAACCGGAUAUGAUCCUAGCAAAUUGAAGGUGUACGGUUCUGCUCCGAGUAGUAACGGUGAAUUAUUGAAUCGUGUCUUUAUUUUCCAGCAGAAAAAAUUUCCGAACAGAAAUAUGUCUAUGCAUGAAUUUAAAUGAACGUGUCUUGAAGCAACGCUACUUAAGUUUGGGCGCAAUGCCAUGGUCGUGCAUCAAAAACAGGAAUAUCAAUACGAGUCGAUAACAAGCCUUUUAGGCAAUUUGAGUUCGGUUAGCUUUUAAGCUGUUAAGCGCUACUAUCAAGGGCUAGUGAUUUGUAGAAAUACAAUUAGACGCCGUAAUAUAUCAUCCAGAUGCCACUAUUUGGAAUUUCAAGCAUCAAACCAAACGAUUUAUAGUCGAUAUUUUAUAACCGAACAUGACAAAAACACGUCAACCUUUAAACUUGAAAUUGGCAGAGCAUUGCACGUAUGAGAUUCAGGUCCAACACACCGGCAUUAAAUCGAAUAUUUGUCGUCACACCGGACUAAUGAAAAACAUUUAGCCUUCACUGUUUGUACAGAUUUUGCUAAUUACUUUUUUUUUAGCCAUUUUAGAAUAUUCAUCCUUAGUUCAACUUUGAUUGCAAUUUAACUUACAAACCGGGAUAUCUCGGGCUUGUUUAUCCACAGCUAAAUUAAAAGAGAAAGCAAAGAAUUCCUCGUGUCAUGAGAUGACAACUAAUAGCUUUUAUAAAGUUGACAUGUAGUGUGUAGUUACACUCUUUUUUAAUAAGACUAUUGUUUUCCCGGCCCAAGCUGAACAUUCUUAUAUUUCUGCCGAUUUCGGGCUGAAAAUAUUCUUGGGAAUAUUCUUAGAUUAAAGUAAUAGAAAGUGGGCUAUGCCGAAAUAUCGUUAGAUUAUCUGUCCUAUCAUGAUUUUGAUGGCGUUGAAGUAAUUUUGGAGCCAGACUGUAGGCAAUAAAACCUGAUAUGGCUCACACAACUUCUUGUAGGAAUGUUAUUAGCAUCGAUCAUACAACCAGUGCUGUUUUUGUUGUUUUUUAGCUAGUUUGACCGUUUAGGGAGAGGAAGAAAUUUUCUUGGGUUUAGUGAAAAACACUGAUAUAAGUCUUAAUUGUAUUGCAUUUGUAAAUUUCAACACACAAAAUUAUGUUCUUUUCAAAAUCUCAGCCUCAGGUUUAUUCUUAAAAUAUUCUUAAAAUUUCGCAAAUUUCAGCAUCGAUAUUCUUAUAAAGUAUAUUGUUAUAUAAAGAAGAGUGCAUUAGUGAUCUUAGUUCAUAAACAGGACCUUACAAAACGCUUAGAAAUUUACACAGAAUUUGAACUUAUAUGUUUCUAAUUGACUUUUUUUGUCAAACAACUAGUUAAAUUUCAGGCAAAAAAAGGUGGGAAAAUGUUAUUAAAAUCAUCGAAUUCAAUCAGUAUGUUUGUAACUGCACGUUUAAGCAAACGAUGCCAGAUAUUUGGUCAAGGUCUACAUUAGACAAAAUUAUAUUUCCCGUUAUUUGGAUAUACAAAGUAAAAGAACAUUUCAACGAGGUGUGAAAUAAAUUUUGCAUGCUUGAUUCAAGCUGUCUUGAGCGAUCUGUUAGGAAACUACUAAAAGGAAGGAAAAACUUUCUCUUAAAACUUGUUACGUCAACAACUGUCAAAAGUGAAGAAAAAGCGAUGAAUAAGCUCCUUGGGGUUAGUGUGGUUGUGGUGAAUGCUCUCUUCUGAGUUAUUAGACAUUAUUGCUUUUCAGCUGAAUUCAGUUCAAUGAAGUCGGCUAGCAGGCCUCGCUUUUAUUGUGAUCUUCACUCAUGAUUACUCAAUACCAGCGGGGUACUAGCUAGAAACUAUUCCUAUUAUGAUUACUUCUAAGGCGUGCAAAUGAAGUGGUAAACGUGUAUUUACGUUCUAACUCAUCUCUAAACUGACUGAAAACCUAAAAUUGCAAUAAUUCAAUCGCCUUCUUCGCCAUUUAUUAGUCUGUCAAAUGAUAUUAACUUCAUUACACCCAUGUUUGCAGUGCGCACUAGCCUUGCAUGACAAUUGACUGUCUAUGGGGUGUGCUCUGUAUUAUGCAUGGGCUAGCUUGGGCUGAAACUAUUUUCUCCUUGCAUUUUUAUCAAAACGCUCGGUACAUAAUCUACAUGUGCAUCUUUGUUACCUUGAUCAGUUUCUAUUUAGAGUAUUUUUACGUGGUAAAUUGCAUUGGACGUCUUUUUAUGUCCCCCAAAAUUCUCACUGUGACUAAUAGAAAAACUAUCUAAUAUUGACGACUGAGAAAAAUUGUCACUCCCUAUUCGGAGUUUGCCCUUUGUUAACAACGCUUUUGUGUGGUUCUAUCUAUUAAGAAUCUAUUGAUUACACCUGCAGUAGGCUAGUAUUAAAAGCUUUUACUGACUAAAAGUGGUAUAUUGGCUGGCUGCCAUUAUACAACAUGACGCUGCUCUCAAUCAGGUUUCAUUUAGAUUUUCAUUUUGGAUUUCAAAACUUCAAAAUAUACAUUUUACUAAACAUAUUUUCUUGUAAGACUGUUUUCAGGACCACUGCACCAGGAUUGUAAUGUUCAUUUAAUCGCGUCGUUUUCUCCAAAUUUCGUGUAGGUUGGAGGAAAGAAAGCACUGGAAUCUGAUACAAAAUUAAUGAUGACUUUUAAUUUGCUAGGUGUGCAAAAUAUAGCAGUAAACGUAAGAAAAAUUAGGGGCAGGAUUUUUAUUCUUGCGCUUAACUAGCGAUUGCUUUUCGAGUGAAUAAAAUCACACGCUUUAAGUACAGAAACCUCGAGUUCAGUCAUGACGUUUUUCUCAAAAUAUAUUAGACUUAAUCAUACGUCUUCUGAGACAUGUUUCUAAGAAAGGCCUAAAAUUGAAGCUUUCUAUCGAGUUUUGUAAAUAAACAGACAAUUGCUCCUUACAAGCUCUCUCGCGAAAAAAGGAACGUUUUUUAAGACCUUUGCCAAGAUCAGUGAUUUGUUUUUUUUUCAAAUUUUUAUUAUGCACUGCGUGUGUUAAAUCCGUAAACAAACAAGAGCGAGGAAAUUCAAUUCCGUCCAGCACCUGUUCAGACGUGGGCGAUGGCACAAUUUGAAACCUUUCCAGUAAAUCAUGAAAAAUCUAAACGAGUCCAGUCUUUGGAGCUGAUUUUUUUGUGUAAAUGUGUGAUAAUGGAGACAUAUUUCUAUAGUUUUAUAGGGUUUGUCAUUUUACAAAAGGAGCACGCUGCUCUAGAAACUUAAGCUUAACUGACCUGGCCUUGCUAAUAAAAUUUUGGUCGAGAGGAGAGAAUAAUUAACGAGGCAAGCAUUUUCUUUGUGUAAAUUUAACGACAUCACUCACAAAAAAAUUUUCUUCUACGUUUUAUCAGAAUUUAACAGUUGAUGAAAAAAAGAGCACUUCAAGCUAUUGAAUAAAUGGCAAAAUUCUGCCUUGAGCAGCUCAGUUGGGUCUUUUGAUAUGCAUAGUGGAUCUCUGCAGGAAUAACAUGCGUUUUCUCUCGAGUAAUACGUUAAUAAAUAAAAUAUUUAGACUCAGAUAACCUCCACCGGGUAUUGUUUUCGUUCUUCUCCUUCCCAAAAGAAAAUUGAAAAGAAAAGGUUUAUUUAACCGUGCGAUAAACAGUUUAGCAAUAUUUCGCCUACAAUAGUUCCAGUAUUUGUCUCCCUGAUUUAAAUUUCUAAAGCCAACUUCUUAGUGUUUCGUUUUCCUGAUUUCGAAUUUAAAAAUUCUGUCUUCGUGUCUUCGACAGGUAUUUUGGAACAUUUUUCUCCCUCUGGGAAAGUGCUUAGCGUACAAAAGUGGGGGACGCCCAAAACUAAACGCUUCAUAACUUCAUCCUUAUAUGACUUCAGUCAUUUACUCUGUUCCUGAAGACAACAACUUAUGCAAUGAAUAUAAUUUUAAGGUGUGACAUUUUAAUCAAUAAAAUUGCUACUCUCAGACUUUUUGAAUAAGAAUUUCAGGUUCUCGUUUUUAAUCAGCCGUUUCCUAAUUUUGACAUGUACGUUAGAAAGGCGUCUGAAAGAUUUUCAAAAUGCGUGAAAACCACUCACAUUCAAAUAGAUUUAUAGAAACAGAUUGAGACAUUGAACAUGUUAAUAAACUCAACGCUUAAUAGCCCUCACAAGUUUAAUAAACUAUGAUAUUUCACUUUCUCAUCGACUUGAUCUAUAUAACAGCAUGCAGACAACAAGUUCUAAUGCGGACCUCUUCCCCUCGGCAGCUUGAACUAGAUUGGCUUGUCUUGAAGGCAUCAAUGUUCUCGCGCUAUUUCAUUCUACCAAAAACGAUCUCCGAAUCAGGUACACUGUCGUAUAGUUACUUCUUUUUAUUAUUUUCUAGUUCAAGGUCAAGGUUUUAUCUGAAUGUUCCCCUAUAGCUUUUCUUAUGGAGUCAUAAGCUGUUUAUGUUGUCGUAAGCUCUAGUUCUGCCUAAUUAUGUGACGUCGUGUGAUUGAAAACACUGAUAGUGUCGCUGAACCACUCCCUAGCAAGCAUUCCCUUGACCACUUCCCUUCAGUUUCGACCCUCAGGAGCAGCUUCGUUAAGCAAUGCCGAAAUCUUUUCUUAUAAAACCGAAUCUUUCUUCGACAUUGGAGACCGAAGAUGCCGGAUUUGAGCACAAAGAUAAAGCUGGCCGAGCUGAUGAAAGUAGCAGUGACGAGAAUUCACACGAUGUGGACGAAGAGGAAACCACGUGUCAAGAGUCAAGUUCAAACAAAGACAUUGGUCAUGAUGUGAAUAGUUACCAACUGCAGAACAGAUCACCGUUUUAUUCCACUGGUAUGCCAUUGGAAACAGGACUGAGAUUACUUUCAACAUUCCCUUCUCCCUCCCCCAAAGGACUCCAAGGUCCGUUCUGGAAGGCUCCACAGUUCCCCCUUUGGAACUUCCGUCAACAAUCUUACAACGCGGGAUCAGAAGCAUUUGCUCGCUGGAUGCAGCAGUGGGCAGAAGUGAGACGGCUUCAGAAUCAACCGUCUGCAGCCGGGGCGUAUCGAUACUACAAUGUCCUGAUGCCAAACGCAGGAGCUGUUGGCAAACGAAACACUCAAACGGACGAUGAAUUCCAGAAGGAAAAUGGUCAGCAGCAGAUGAAUUGUGUAAUUAGGCCUGGAACAGAAAAGGCUGAAAAAGACGACAAAUCCAAGGCUACUGGUUCUGAAAAAAAAAGGCAGCUGUAUUGCUGUCAGGUCUGCGAGAAAGUUUUCAACAAUUCGAUCAGCCUGAAGCAGCAUAUGAUCGUGCAUUCGAACAAGAAACCAUUCCAGUGCAAGGCAUGCGGUAAAAGCUUCAAGCGCUCGUCGACGUUAUCAACUCACAUGCUGAUCCACUCGGACACGCGCCCGUUUGAGUGUCAGUUCUGUGGCAAGAGGUUUCACCAGAAGUCUGACAUGAAGAAGCAUACCUACAUCCACACGGGAGAGAAGCCCCACCAGUGCAGCUUUUGCGGCAAGUCGUUCAGUCAGUCGUCCAAUCUGAUCACGCACUGUCGGAAGCACAAAGGAUUUCAGCCUUUCUCGUGUGACGAAUGUGGCGUAUCGUUCAUGCGCAAAGUUGAUCUGAGAAGACACAUGUACACUCACGAGGUAGAAAGUUAAAUAUCCUCGGCAACCUUGCAUGUGAUCACCUCAUCAUGCGCAUAGACUUGAAAACGCUUACAAAAUUCGCCUUGACUAAGCCCAUAUGUAACUGAGGGAUUACUCUGUCCAUAUCAGUCCAUGACCUGUAUUACAAGCAUCUACACUGAAAUUGGCAAGUAAGAGGGAACGCAUACUAAUACAAACAGAUACCUUGACUCUUCUACCAGAAUUAUGCCUUGCAGCCCAACUAAAAUCAACAUAUUAUAGUUUAAAGGAGCUCAAUCACGGUAUUUUGAGAUAUUUUGGCCAGGUACUAAAGUACCUUUUAAUUUAAGGAAACCUGAAAAUAAUAGUUUACUAAGAUAGAAAAACAUCAAACAGAUAACAAUAAGCCAUAAAGGAACAAGAGUGGUUAAGGAUGUAGAAGAUUAAUGCGGAUUGCAAACGACAAACUUCAGAAAUUUAGGCUUAAGUUUUUUAGGCACGCAAACCGUGACGAAGCUCCUUUAAUAAUAAUCACAACUAAGCUAUGUUGAAUGAUAAGCAGCGUUUAUGGACUGUCAUAAGGCACUUUUACGUACGAAAGCUUUUCAUUUUGCCUAAGAAUCCUUCAAAUUAGGACUGAAUACUAUGACACGGGGCUCCAAUCAGAUCAUUAGAGUUCGUUAUUGAGAGAUAACCUUUCAUGGUACGAGUUUGCGAAUACUGACACCUUAUUUCAUCCAGGAAUUCUUGCAAAUGAGAACGGAAUAGCGCAAACAUCAGACUAUUAUAUAUCGAAAUUGGUUUUGUAUCAGAUUGAAGGAGACAACAGACUAUAUUCAAGUAAGUAUGCGGCAAGUUAAGAGCUUCAAAAAUAUACAAAGCAAACUAAAUUAAUGAUAAAGUAGCCCAAAACUUCGUUUUAUGCUAAGAUAAUUGCGAUAACCGCCAAGAGAACUAUGUUAUAAUCCUUUAAGGAGAAUAACGUUUUGUUAGCAAAGUCCAAGAAUUACAAUCGUCAUCAUUUAAAUCGCUUCGUAUAACCGAAAUUCCCUUAUGUAAAAUAUUAGUUUAGCAAACUAGCGUUCAUUUUUCAACUGAAAAUGAUUUUUGGUAACAGUUCAUAUUACAGUGCAGCCUUUUGGACCACAAAUCAGGAUAUAAAUUAACAUAGUAUAUUAUUAUAUUACUAUAAGGAUGUUGCUUCUUUCUUACCCUAGUUAUAUAAAAACGUUUUAUACACCGCAUGCAUUUUGAGUUAACCGCCAUAAAGAGGAUUUUGUACGGUAUCACCUCGAACUCGUCGUGGCAAUGUAUUUCAAGCGAUCAUGUUCAUAGGCCACUUAAUCAUGUUCAUAGGCUAAACACAAGUUCGUAUUCAGUGGUCGUUUGGUCGGAAACGACAGCAAACACCAUACAUUACAGAAUAGUAACUUAAAACUAAGGUUUGUUUUGUAUAUAGUUGUUAAAUAGGUUGACUAGUCAUUGGAAUAAAUUUGCUAUUGUGUAAUUACUGGCAUGAAUGUAAUGUGCAUAAUAGGGUAGUUCAAAGGUAAAAUAACAUGCGAUCUCCACCUCGUUGAACCGGAUGCAUCAGACUUCUGUCCCUGCACUGUGCAAAACAGGAUUUUGCAAAAAGGAUCGCAGAGGCACUUUGAACUUGAAAACAUUAGGUGUUGAGCUAUCACUGUUAUUUCCGUUAACAGUUAUCUCGAGUUCUAGAUCAUCCAAAGCUGAAGUGUCUCACUGUAUAUCUUUGACAUUUCCUUCUUGUGGAGAUUAUAGCGCCCCAAAAUGAUGGACAUUGUCUCGGUUUUAGCGUUCCGUCAUUAGAUGACUUCAAAUAAAGAUGCCAUGAUUUCUGGCUACGGGUAAGAAUUGGACACAUGGUUUUCGUAUCAAGGUAACGUCUUUGUGCCAUCAGGUAACAUGGCUGUUGCUCCAGGAUAAUAGCGCUUUACUCCCUUUUCAAUACGGGUACGAAUGGGACAUGUCCCAUGUCAAGGUGUAGUCUAAUUUGACUGGAAGGACGUCAUGCCAAGUUCUGCCACUGACUGCAGUGUUCGUAUGAGAAUCCAUUGUCUUUCCCCCUCCUUCCUUAAAUACGCUAUAAGGGGAUGUGUAUCCCUAAGGGUUUGGUGCUGUUUUGUUCUGAAUUGAGACAGAGAUUUUUUUAACAUCUUAACCUGAACUAGGGGGUGGUUUGCACUCAGCCCUUUUUUUUUAAAAAAUAAAAAAAAAAAAAAAAAAACAUUUGACCAGUGAGCCUGGGGCUCGUUUAAAUGUGAACGUGUAUGCUAACUGAAAAUUAAAAUGUAA